UGUACACAUAUGAUUAUAUUUUAAACACAAUUGGUUCUAUAAGUAACUUCUUUCAAUAAAUAAAUAAAAAUGUGGUUCACUUUAGAAAACUAUACAAAAUAACACCAAAAGAUUAUUUACUGUGUCUUUCUCAGUUUAAAGAUGUUUGUUUAGUUGUUACGUUUCUUUACUAUAUAUAAUUUUUCCUAUCACCGGUCUUAAUUUUGCCGUCUGAUUAAUGGUUAUAGUGCCUUUAUUAUUUAUUACAUUACUUAAUUGUUUAAACUAUUUCUAUUAACUUGAAACGUGUGACUUGAAUAUUUAGUAUUUUAGAUUUGUUGAUAUCGAUUAAUAGUUCUGUUAUUCGAUAUAUAAAGUAUCAAUGAUUGUAAUAAGCGAUAUAAUAACCAGGUCCGUUUAUCGCACUCUGCCGCUUAAUAACUUUGUAUUAAACUAAUUUUCAAUAUAUACUUAGACACGUUCUAGUGCCUAGUACUUGUUGAAGAUGAAUCCAAGAUUUCAUUUUGAAGAGAGGAAGUAGUAUUAUUAUUAUUAUUAUUAGACAUAUUAUAUGCAUUAUCAAUUCUUGUUACUAUUAUAUAGAUAAAGAUGAAUUUUAAAAUAUUAGAAAACUAAAGUUAUUCAACUAACUAUACGUGUACAUCUCUAGUUGUUGAACUUUUGGAGGAGUUUCAAACCCCGCCUUUAGGGUACUUUAUGUUUCUAAUGCAGCUGGCUUUUGUACAGCUGACUGCUCAAAACAAAAGGAGAUGUCUCUCUCAAUAGCAGUGUUAUAGACAUUUUUGGUUUGAAUGGUUCUGCUUAUGCUGUGGUCAAAAGUGGCAUCGUUUAUUCACUUCAAACAGUGAAGCAGAAUACAAACAGCCCUUUACAGUUUAUGGAAAUUGAUGAUAUAUUCAGUUCUCCACCAUCACACGGCCAGUCUUCAAAAUGGACGGAGAAAUUAAUGACAAAAAUAGACAACUGUGACAAUGUAAUAAAUGUUUGUCACUGUACCAACAGGAUGGCAGUUCUAACAAACCAAGAUGGUUACUUAGUUGUUCUUGUUUAUUUAUAUCCAAAUAUCAGUUUGAAUUUCAUCUUGGACCUCAGGAAAUACAAUUCUAAGGAAGCAGUUGUGUCUUCCUGUGCUGUAAGCUCACUGGCUCCAUCUCUGAAGCAGCAUUUUCAAGAACAUCUGGAUGUGCUGGACACUGACAUUGUUGUGGUGGGUCUGGACUCUGGACUGGUCCUUUGGUUUUGUGCAAACACUCCGGUCAAGAGUCCAUCCAUCCUUUGCAACACUCAUCAACGAGUACAAGCAGUCCACUGGAUCAAAGAUCCAAGUGGAUUGUACACACAUCUAGUCAUAGUACUCAGCUCUGGCCGAGUGGUCGUCUAUACUGGACAAGGUGUUACAAAUUUGAGUCUGCCCGAUUCUGUUCAUUCCUCCAUUUGUGUGAGAAAUUGUUUAGUUUCUUCAAACUUGAUUGAUUGCUAUACCAAUGAGUUGCAACCGAAGAAAGAACUCACUUUUAACUCGAUCUUGUUACCAAUCAAAGGUGUCAGUGCAAUGACUGCAGUACCAGGGUCUGACAGUUCUCUGAUGGCCGUGACUGUCCAUGGUUCUGUGUAUUGUUUCAACCCUACUGUUGCGCUCCUGGAGACCUCCACUCAGUUUGUGCUGCCCGACCAGAGUAUACUGGACAAUAUGUACACCCACACUCAGGAGUUGGAACAAAUAUAUAAACAACUGAAUGAAGAAAACGAAAUUACAAGAGCUGUUUCGGUUGCCAUGGCAGCGAAUGGUGUUCCUGACUUAUUCCAGUUGUCUGUAAAACUGACUUCAGAAAAUGACUUCGCAGUAGUGGUAAAAAUCAAAGAGAGUGGAUUUUCUUUUUCCCGUGAAAUUUGGAUGAGUUGUAUGGAGAUUUUUGGGAAGGAUAAAAGAGAGACAUCAAUGAGGAAAUUAAAUCAAGACUUCACCUGUGAUUGCAAUCUGAUAAUAAAUACCAGCUACAGUAUAUCAUUUGAUGAAAUAAUUACUGUAGAGUUGAUAGGUUUCUUGGAGAAUAAUCAUCCCGUACUUAUUGUUCCUCUUGGACAGAUUAAAAUUGAUUCCUGCCAUUUAAUGUCAUCUCAAAUGCUGGUAUCAAAUGUGUCAAGAAGUCAAGAGACCUUGGGAGACAUCUUGUGUGGUAUAAACAAAGAAGCACCACCGAACAGUCCUUACUCACAAGAGUUUAAACUGGCUUUGAACAUUCCAAGCAGUGUUGCAAUCAAUGCAUGUUUGCCAACUUUACUUCAGGACUGCCAACACAGAAUCCCGGAGGAUGACUGGAACAAGAUAUCAGGUGGAAAAAAGUACAGCAUACAAGUAAGUGUGCAUGGUGUCCCUGCACUCCUGCAUGUGGAACCUGGCUCCAGAAUGUUGACAAUCAGCUGUAGAGACUUACAACUGUGUUACCAAAUAAAGAAAUCAGUACUGAAAAGACUUGAAAACUCUGAGGCUAAAAACAUUUCUGAAAAUCUUGUGCUCGACAUCCAGGCUUUAUAUCAGUCUUUUGAAAUUGAAAGCUUGCGAGAAAACCCAGAUAUUCAGUCUUUGGAAGUAGUAAGACAGAAACUAAGAACUACAAUAUCAUCACACCUGCCAAUAUGAGGAAGAGGUGUGUAUAUACAAUCUGGCAACAAAUCUGCAUGAUUCAAACUCCAUGUACAUAACUGUAGGUUUCUUAAUAUUGUCAGUGCCCAGGAGCUGUUAUUCUCUCUAGUAAUUAGCAGACAAUGUUAACUCAGAGUGACAACUUGAAUACAAACACAAGAUGUUAUCAACAAUAAUUGUUAGCCAAUAGAAAAACUAACGAAAUGAAGAAACCUACUACUGUAUUUACUUAUAAAAUAAAACAUAUUUAAUAUCA